AAAAUUACAGCUUUUUCAAUCAUGCUCGGUGUUGUUCGGGGAAUCGCGGCCCGCGUCAAGCCUGCCAAGAACCAGGCGCAGCUCAUUUCCAGGCGCAUGAUGGGAGGCGACGGUGGUCACCAUCCCCACUACGUUUUUGAACCCCCUUUCAACAAAACGUUUGUGGCCGUGCUCGUGGGCGGCGGUGUCACUCUCGGUACUGGCCUCGUUGUGGCUUCAUGGAAAUUUCAGAACAAGAAACAGGGUUUCACCAAGUGAUCCAUCGCUGCCAUGCCUGAGAAGGUACACGCACAGCUCUGGGCGCGUCUCGUUGAUCGGGGGCCAUCGCCUUUUUUGUCCUUUAUCGUCGGAGGGAACGGGUUGGAGGAUCUCGAAGGGAGCCAUAGCUUUUAGAGCGCGAUCGGCUGGACUGGCCCGCUCGUCGGGAUGAAGAAAGCCGGUGCACUCUUUGUAAAGAAAGAAAAGGCGCCCAGGUGACGGACAACACUGUAGCGGCUCGUCUUUGCUUUAUGGAUGUUCUAUUUGAUUCGCGCGUGGAAGCUUGUCCAAUCCCUCGCCGUGGACGGCUGCCAAAAAAACAAGGCAAA